AUGAUUAUAUUUAUAAUCUUAUCUCACAGGGCUCUGCAUUCUCCAAUGUACAUGCUAAUUUGUGUGAAGGCUAUUUUUGAUCUGGUUAUACCAAUAUUCUUUGUUCCAAAUAUGCUGCUUAAUCUCCUGUUUAACUGGAACCAUAUAUCUCUGAUUGGUUGCCUGGUUCAGAUGUUCUGCAUUCACUUUUUUGGGUCAGUGCAGACUACUAUCUUGCUGUGGAUGGCCCUGGAUCGUUUCUACGCCAUCUGCACUCCACUCCAUUACAAUGAACACAUGAGAUUCUCUGCAUUCCUGAAAUUUGUAAUUAUACCUUUGCUCAGAAAUGCAGUUUUCAUUUCAGCAAUUGUUGGCCUAGCUCGAUCUUUGUCAUACUGCCAGUCCAAUGAGAUUAAGCAGUACUUCUGUGAACACAUGGCACUGGUCACCCUGGCAUGUGGUCCCAUAUAUGUUAACAAUGUUGUAGGACUGUGUACUAUGUUCUUCAUCCCAGCAGCUGAUGUCCUUUUAAUUGCUGUUUCCUAUGUUAGAAUAUUUGUCUCUCUCGUUGUUCUGCACACUGCAGAAGUUGAGGACCGCUGGAAAGCAUUCCACACCUGGAGUACUCACUUGCAUGUUAUGAUGUCUUUCUACCUGGUAGGGAGCGUUACAUUUCUGUCACAUAAAACCGGCAUUGAUAUUGCAACGGACAUUAACAUCUUUUUAGGUGUACUGUACAUAAAUUUUCCUGCUACCGUAAACCCCAUCAUUUAUGGAGUCCGGACCAAGGAAAUAAGGAAUGCCGUUCUAAAAAUGUUCAAGCACCAGGGACAUGAGAGGAACCAGGGUACCAUGGGAACAGGGGCGGUUGAUGGCCAAGGAGACGUGAACGGGGAGAGACCUGUCAAGGAGUGUGAUAGAGAGUUAUGUGUGUACUCAGCCCAUGGCAGGAACCAUGCUCACUGGUCCUGGUCACGACUGCAGUAG